CUUCGAACCACCUAAAAAUUGUAUAAACCGUUUAUUAACUCCAGCUACUGUGACAUGCCAAGCUGAUUUAUCGGGUUUUGCGCCGAAAUUUGUUGUACGAAAAGCGACUGUAGCGCUCGAGUGACCAGUGGCUGUGCCGCGAACCUCAAAUCACGUGAACCGCUCGACCAAUCGGAGUGCGAAUCUGGCUCAAUUCUGGGAAAUAUUGUCAUAUUUUCCAAAAAUACUCUCGCCGUCCACUGCUGGCUGAGUCUCCACCGAGAGCAGACUGAGUUCGGUCGUUGCUGCUGCUCAACGUAAUUCAUUAAUUGUCUUAGGAAAUGUGUUCGUGCUCGCAUUUAUUGCGAAUCGCGUAUCUUCGUGUCGGUGCCUGAACCUGCGCGUGUUUCAUCGGUCGUUCAUUCGGGUAGUGAGUUCGGAACGGAAGGUCCUUGAAGUGCUUUGGCCAGGGGACAGGCUAGGUUGUGGUCCCGAGUCGCAUCGGUCAUGUCUGUGUUUGAGUCCUGUUAGGGAUUUGGACUUAUUGGUGAUCCAACUGAGGUGCAGCCAUCCAUCCUAAUGGAUCACCUAGGCGGAGAUGAUCAGCUGGCGCAUGUAACGGGGAUGGAGGAUGAAGCUCAAACAGCUGGGAGCUUGCACAUUAGUGAUGUCAUUGAUGUAAUUCAAAUGGAUACGGAUCACGCUGUAAAUACCACUGGAACCAACAUGUCAGAAUCUGGCGAUAGACGUCGCCUGUCAGCCGAAACUGCUCGCAUUGUUAUUUUGGAACAACCUGCUUCCAAAGCAUUAAGAUUUCGUUAUGAAUGUGAGGGACGAUCUGCAGGUUCUAUACCAGGUGUUAACAGCACACCAGAAAACAAAACUUAUCCUACUAUUCAGGUUGUUGGAUACAAAGGUAGAGCAGCUGUAAUAGUAUCAUGCGUCACCAAAGAUCCGCCAUACCGGCCACAUCCUCAUAAUCUUGUGGGUAAAGAGGGUUGUAAAAGGGGAGUUUUCUCUCAACAUGUGUCAUCCAACAACAUGAUAGUUUCAUUCUCCAACCUUGGUAUUCAAUGUGUCAAGAAGAAAGAUAUUGAGGAUGCCUUGCGUGUGAGGGAGGAAAUAAGAGUUGAUCCUUUCCGAACUGGAUUUGCUCAUCGCGGUCACCCAACUGGAAUAGAUUUGAAUGCUGUACGUCUGUGUUUCCAAGUGUUCCUGGAAGGACCAGAACCAAAUACUUACACAAGAGCUUUAGCUCCUGUUGUAUCUGAACCAAUCUAUGACAAAAAAGCAAUGUCUGACUUGGUGAUCUGCAAAUUGAGUGAAGCAAGUGCUUCAGUAGGAGGUGGAAAAGAGAUGAUUUUACUUUGUGAAAAGGUUGCUAAAGAAGAUAUUCAGAUCAGGUUUUAUGAAGAGAGGGACAAUCAAGUGAAGUGGGAAGCUUAUGCUGAUUUUCAACCAUCACAAGUUCACAAACAAGUUGCCAUUUCUUUCCGUACUCCCAGAUACGAAAGGCUUGAGGUUGAUGGACCUGUUAAUGUCUUUAUUCAGUUGAAAAGACCGUCAGAUGGUGCUACAAGUGACCCACUUCCCUUCCAGAUGUUACCCCUAGAUUCAGAUCCUGUAGUUUUAAAGCGAAAGAGGCAGAAGUAUGCAGAUGACCCUAGUGCUACCUCAUUGAGGCAUUUUCAGGAACAUGAUAAAUCUAGAUAUCGGUACAGUGCUGCUAGUCCAGAUAGCGUCCGUGCUGUGAAAAAUGAGGGCACUUUACAUGCCAUCAAAAAAGAACCAGCAGGUAAUAAGGUUUUUUGGAGGUGCAAUGGAGAAGACUCGUCAGAAGAUAGCUCGGGAGCGAUCAGCAGAGUGGUUUCGCCAAGGUGGUGGAUAGUGGAUGAUGAUGCCAGUCCUGGAAUGUACUACCCACCAGGUAAUCUAUCCCCAAUGUACCCCGGUGCCGGGCAAUCUCCACAACCCACUCCCAUCCACAGUCCGCAAUUACCAGGCGGGCGGACUCCGUCUCCUGGGGACUAUCAGGCGCCGUCUCCGUAUGGAAUGGGGAUGGGUGUUGGUGUGUACGGCGCCUACUCGCAGCAGCCCUACGCACAUCAUGCUGGCACAGGGCACAUGGUCUCUACUGUCCCAGGCAACGUGUCCAUCCCUAAUGUGAGAAGUGUCUUAUUGGGUGGAGGUAGCUGCACGACUGCACCUCACUUUUCUCCCGACGGGAUACAUGCAGGUGUCUCAGGCAUGUCAGUUGCUCCUGGAGUGCAAAGCCCCUUUUCUGGUAUUGUUGAACCAGUGAACAAUGUGGCAAUGGGUGUGCCUCUGUCCCCUGCUGAGUAUGCUGGGAACCACCCCUCUGCCAACUACGAUCCACUAGCCCCUAAUGGUCCUACAAAUCCAUUAAAUGGAGGAGCUCAAUCUUAUUCGAGCGUGGACCCAGUUCCACCUGUUUCUGGAGUAUCUUCUUAUGAGCUUGAACGGUUAGAGUUGAAUUCCAGUGAGCUGUAUGCUCUUGGACCAUGGGAAGGAAAUCUCUCAGAACAAAUGUCCAGCAAUCUUACUCUAUCAGAAACCGGCCCUAGCUGUAGUUAAGUGAGUGUAGAGAACUCAAAAUCUUACCCGAGGCAUCACAGCCUUCAUUCAUAUUAGUCAACUUAAGACAUGCCACUAUUAAAAAUUUGUAUUUUUAGCCUUUUUCCUCAGUUAUUAUUUUCCUAUUAGAAAGACUGCUUUGGAUGUUUUGUGUGCUCAACUUUUGCUUCUCAUGACAACUGUUCUGUUCUCUGUAUUGUGUAAGCAGUGAUGUCAGGCAUAUGUACUAUUCAAAUGAAGAGGUGUUCAUUAUUUGAAUCUCUUAUAUUUACUUUGACUCCCUUUACAGGGUUAGAAUAUUUUUUAUCAUUGAAUGAAUUAUCAGUUUCUAAAUGUGUUUCUCAAAAAAUUAAAUGUUACAUGUAAUUGCUUAUCAUUCAGGUAAGGUGUCAAUUCUUAUUGUAAUUAUUGCAGAUCGAGUUCUGUAGAUUAGCUGAAUAAUUUGAGUAAUUAUAAAGAGAGGAGGAAAAAGAAUAAUCAACAGCUGAUCCCUUGGUCUCACAUGUUCAUCCUCACAUAUUUACCAGAGAGUACAUUUGAAGAUAUAUGAUCGUUUGGCUGUCUAGUGUAGAAGUUACUGUGAAAUUAUCAGUAUACUAUACAAUCUAUGGUGUUGUAUAUAUAAUUUAAGAGUUUACCAAAACUGUUUUGAAAAGAUGCUUUCUUUUACAUAUAGGGGCCUUAGCCUUGAGUCAAACAAAACAUUGUACUAGAUCUUUUAAUGUUAACAAUGAACACUUGAAUAAUGUAUUAUGUAUUACUGAUGUCCGAAUGGAAACAAAAUCUGGAGAAACUGGUGUUAUCUGCAUUAUCUGCUGACAUCAAGCCGUGAUAAUCUUAAUUUCAUAGCAACCAUUGUGGUAGCUCUUAAACUAUUAGAGUACAACACUGCUCUGUGUACUUACAAUUAGUUAUACGACUGAGGCUAUUAGAUUGGUAAUGAGAUCUUUGUGCCUUUUAAGUGUCUAAGAUGGUGUGCUGUCUGCACAUUCUUAACGAACCUCCUUUUCAUAGGUCUGGUGAUGUGAUAUUUUAACUUUUUAUUAAUUUUUUUACUCACUUUUAUCAUGUUUCAGGGUGUCUAAAAUUAAAUUUACUUGUCUUUCCAAUUAUGUAAUGAAACUCAAGUUAUCAUGAUUACAUCUAUAAGUUCUUAUGCUGUUGCUUAGUUUUUCAGUAUUUUUUUACUCUUUAUUGUCUUUAAAAGGCUCAUGAAUUUAUCAGCACUUUAUAAACCCAUGUUUCAGGAACUUAUAUGUUACCUGACUUCUUUAGUCUAUAGUAUCUGAUAUUAUGAACAGAAGAAGUAAUUGAACCUUGUGUAGUGACUUAAGAAAUUUGGAAUAUCAAUUUUAAUUCCUCAUUUGGAAGGCAGUGUUUGCUUGCCAUGUGUGAAUUCCGCUGUACCUGAGAAAUAUUUUGUUGUUUAAGUUUUCUCAUUUGUCUUUUAUUUUUAUUUUAUAAUUCGCCUGGUGUUAACCUUACUACAUCAUUUCCCUUAAAAUAUGAUCCAGGAAAAAGUUAUAUUAAGGUUAAUCAAGCAAAGCGGUCAUCCUUAUGCCAUCAAGUUCUGUAGUAUAGUGUUGAGCAAAUCUUCUGCCCUUUAAUACUUCUUGAGGGUGUAGUGUAGGCAUAGUCCUUGGCUAUGCUGCUAUUGCAUUUGUGUUCACAUUAUCUCUUACAAAGUAUUGGUUCAUUCCUUCUACUCAACUUUUAUAAUUUGUUUCCAAGUCUUACAAAAAACAAAACAAAAAAAAAACAGCCAAAAUUGUUGACUUCCAUUGUCAAGUUGUUUUUUUGCUUACUUAAUGUAUUUUAUUUGUAUAGAAUCUGUCUUUGUUGUACCUGUAGUUGUGUCUGAGUGGUCCUGUUACCUAUCUACAUGCCUAGUUUAUUUUCUCUUUUGCACUGCUGUUUUUUAUGUUAAUAACAAAGUAUAUUCAACUUUAAUAUUAAGGAUUGUGUCACCGAAAUAAGAUGGCCGCAGUGUGAUUGAAAUUACAAUACUUGUACUAUGUAAGGUGUUUUUUCCCUUUUUCAUCAUGAGUUUAUAUAGUAAGACAUUUUACUGUUGAAGAGCUACCUAUGUGCAAUCAAUUGAUCCUUUUUAAUCUUUACGAAGACCUCUUGUUACUGUUUGCCACAUCAAGUGUGCAUCUGUUUUAAUGUUGUCAGUGAUAUAGAAAUCUAUUGAAAAUGGUGGGUUAUAAUCCACAAUCUUUGUGAUAUGGAGUAUAAGAUCUUUUUACGGACAUGUUUUUAGUUAAUUUACUUUUAUGAAAUGUUACUUUAGAAAGACACUGUAUAUCGAGAAACUCACAAAUACAGCGCCUAAUGGUUCUUAA